GUCCCUCCCUAUACGUCACAUAUACUGGUAAAAAUGGCGACGAGUAUACUGCGAGUCCCUCUGCGACUUUUCACCAGAAAUACGGCGACAAUGAGCCGUAAUACCGGCUUGAAAUCAUCAAACAUAUCAAGGACAACUCAAAUCCGGACCGCAGUAUCAACGUCUUCUGGUGCAAUCCUACCGAAACCGGAUAAAACACCAUUUGGUCUUAUCCGCAUGACAAUAGUGGUGGUGCCUUUCCUGUAUGUGGGAACUCUGAUCAGCAAGAACUUUGCCGCUCUUUUGGAGGAGCAUGACAUCUUUGUCCCUGAGGACGACGACGACGACGACUGAGCUAAAUUCAGAAAACACAUGGGUGCUUUGCAAUAUUGACUGAAAGCAUACCAGCUGGCACAAGGAAGAUGGGGAGGAUGGGGCACUUUGACUUCCAAAUAUAUCCCUCUACCUCCAGCCAUCUCCCUCCUCUCUCCUCUGCUACUUAUCUUCAUUUUCAUAUUUUCAAGAGAUCAUAUCAUGUGAGGCUAUCACAACUACUAAUUAUGCCCUCACUCUUGUUUGCAUGUUUGUGUCUGUCAGCUCAAUAAACAGAGGAAAUUA